AUGUCCAGGGCAAAUUCUGUAUUGCAAGAAAGCCUAAGAGAGCUCUAUCUAGAUAGCUUCCCUGAAUGCUUGAAACUGGCAGAUCUAGGAUGUUCUUCAGGUCCCAACACACUACUAUUGUUAAGGGAAAUAAUCGAUUCCAUCGAUGCGACAUGUAAGCAACUAAAUAAGAAGGAACCCAUGUUCCAAAUGUUCCUGAACGAUCUCUUCCAUAACGAUUUCAACACUGUAUUCAGAUUGAUCCCUAGAUUUUACCAGGAGUUGAGGAGAGAGAAGGGAGGAGAUUUUGGGCCUUGUUUCAUAGCAGCAAUGCCCGGGAAUUUUUAUGGGAGGUUGUUCCCCGACCAUUCUCUUCAUUUCAUACAUUCUUCAUAUAGUGUCCACUGGCGCUCUCAGGUGCCCGCCAACCUCGUUAGCGAGUUUGAAUCAUCCUUAAACAAAGGCCAUAUCUAUCUGGCAAGGGCAAGCCCCAAAAGCGUGCACGAAGCAUACUUGGACCUUUUCAUGAGGGACAUGACUUUGUUCCUCAAGUCUCGUUCAGAAGAGUUAGUACCUGGAGGUCGCAUGAUGUUCACAAUGAUCGGCAGAGAUAUGAGCGUCAAUUUGCCUGAGGAUCAAGUCGCUAAUUUAUGGGAACUGUUGGGAAUGACAAUAAGCGAUAUGGUUCAAGAGGUUUUACUCUUUACAAUCUCGGCAUGCUUGCUUGCAAAUGCGUACCUGUGUGCGUGCCUAUUGAAUGCAUUGUGUGAAUUAUUUCGCAUAAGACUUUAUUUGAUUGCUGUGGCCCAAAUGAGUCUUUCCGUCAAACAGUUGCCGUGCUCCAACUUAUCAUCGCCUUCUUCUCACCAGCAAUUUUCUGGUUCAUGUUUAAAGGGUCUAAUCGAAGAGGAAAAACUAGAUGAUUUUAACUUGCCCUUUUACAUGCCUACUCCUGAAGAAGUUAGGCAUGUGAUUCAAGAGGAGGGCUCAUUUCACGUCACCAGAUUUGAAACGUUUAAAGUCAACUGGGAUGCCGAAAUGGGCGACGGCAAUUUACGAGUGAGAGGCAAAUAUGUGGCAGCGAACAUUAGAGCGGUCUCAGAGUCCAUCCUGGCAACGCAUUUUGGAGAAGAAGUCAUGGAUGGCUUGUUUGAGAGGUUUGCUAGCAAAGUUUCACAGUACAUGGAACUACAUGAAGGAGAACAUUUCAACAUCCUAGUUUCAGUGAAGAACAGAUGA